CCGGGCGCCCCGCCUCCCCGCCUCCCCGCCUCCCCGCCUGCUAUGGCCGCGCCCCGCGCCCUGGCGGCCGCCGCGCCCGCGUCCGGGAAGGCCAAGCUGACGCACCCGGGGAAGGCGAUCCUGGCAGGCGGCCUGGCGGGCGGCAUCGAAAUUUGCAUCACCUUCCCCACCGAGUACGUGAAGACCCAGCUGCAGCUGGACGAGCGCUCGCACCCUCCGCGGUACCGGGGCAUCGGGGACUGCGUGCGGCAGACCGUCCGCAGCCAUGGCGUCCUGGGCCUGUAUCGAGGCCUCAGCUCCCUGCUCUACGGCUCCAUCCCCAAAGCGGCCGUCAGGUUCGGGAUGUUUGAGUUCCUCAGCAACCACAUGCGGGAUCCCCAGGGACGCCUGGACAGCACCCGGGGGCUGCUGUGCGGCCUGGGUGCCGGCGUCGCCGAAGCUGUGGUGGUCGUGUGCCCAAUGGAGACCAUCAAGGUGAAGUUCAUCCACGACCAGACCUCUCCCAAACCCAAGUACAGAGGAUUCUUCCAUGGGGUCCGGGAGAUUGUGCGGGAACAAGGGCUGAAGGGGACCUACCAGGGCCUCACAGCCACCGUGCUGAAGCAGGGAUCUAACCAGGCCAUCCGCUUCUUCGUCAUGACCUCCCUGCGUAACUGGUACAGAGGGGACAACCCCAACAAGCCCAUGAACCCACUGAUCACUGGAGUGUUUGGAGCUGUGGCUGGUGCAGCCAGUGUCUUCGGGAACACUCCUCUGGAUGUGAUCAAGACUCGCAUGCAGGGCUUGGAGGCGCACAAAUACCGGAAUACAUGGGACUGUGGCUUGCAGAUCCUGAGGAAUGAGGGGCUCAAGGCAUUCUACAAGGGCACCAUCCCCCGCCUGGGCCGGGUCUGCCUGGAUGUGGCCAUCGUGUUUGUCAUCUACGAUGAAGUGGUGAAGCUACUCAACAAAGUAUGGAAGACAGACUGAGUCACUGAGGGGGUCUGCAUGGGGGCUGCCCCCAGGUGCCUCCAGACCAGUACUCCCACUGCCCUCUUCUCACAAUUCCAGUGCAGUCGUGCCAAAAGGCCCCUUUCCCCUGUUCCUUGCACUCCAUGGCCUGGGUCUAUCCCCUGUAGCCAUCGAGUCCAUAUGUCCCUUAGUGCCGUACGUCCCCUGUGGUGUGUAUGACACCACUAUUGUGUCCAUGUGUCUGGCCAAGGUUAGGUAUCCGUCUGGCCUUUGAAUCUGUGCCCACUUGUCCAUGUGCUUACUCAUGAGCCGUGUGCCUGUGUUUCAUGUUCAGUGUCAAGUGACCCUGUGCCCCGCUUCCCGGGGUGCCCAUGUGGCUUGGGUCCACGGCCCUGUAGCCAUGGCCCGGUCCCAGCCCGGUGCCUUCCACCCUGGGCAGCAGGGGCACCUGCUCCAGCCUACCACAGCUGCCUCCGGGCCUCAGCCUGGCCUCACCGCAUUCCAGGGGCUACAUGCCCCCUGCUUCUCCCGCCACUGGCCUUAAUUGGCCCUUGGGCCCUCCCUCCGCCCGGGACAGGGUGGCAUCCGCCACUCUCAGGACCACCCUCCCAAGGCAGAAUAAACCGGAUCCUGUCGCAGCCUCCUGUCCCUGUGUGGGCCCAUCUAUGGGAUAACAAUGGCUGUGCCUCUGCAGAGAGCAGGCCCACCGCCUCACCAGAGGACAGUGGCAGGAGUACAGGGAAGGAGGGCAGCAGGCAGGCUGGUGGGUGAGCCAGCUGUGGCCACAGCGUCAGCUCCCAAGAGGCCUGGCUCCAUGAAGCCAAGGAACAUUUGGACUCUCUCCAGGCCAUGCUUGUGGCCUUUGGGCAAGGUUCUGCAGGGUCAGCUAGUAGACAUGCCCUUGGGGUCACCUGGCAGGCAGCACUGAGUGAACAGAGUGAGAACUGCCCAUCCCCAGGGGUUGGGCCUGGGAGACUGCACGCCAGGACCCUUGACUGCCCCUCAGCCUAUGGCCCCGCAUACCUUACUCCCUCACAGUUUCUCUGUGGUCUGCUUGUAGGGAAGUGCUUUGGGGCAUCCAGUUUCUGAGGCUCUGAGCAGGGGGGCUUUGCUCACUUCUUUACCCUGGCUAAGAGACAGCUGCUGUGGGGCAGCAGGGAGUAGAACCGCCCAACCAGGGCCCCAGGACCCCACCUCGCCCCCAGAUCAGAAGCUGGGAACCACAACCCAGGGCCAAGUGGAAGAGAUCCGAGAGCAGGAUGGAAUAAACCAGGGCCUCUGACUGCAGGGGCAGAAGGUA